GCUGUCAGUCGGAAAUGCUGUUCGUGUUGGAUGGAUGCACCCUGCGGCUGUGCCAGGAUAAAUUUAUGACACAUAGCGUGUUUUUUAAUUCAGAAUGUAAACGUUUUACCUAACCGGUCGCUUUUAUUUAAUGGGGGUACAUGCAGUAAUUCCGCAAAUCUUUCUGAGACGUUUAGCCAGCCAGGCUAAGUGAAACAGGACACUAACAGCCGUAAUGCUAAUAGCUACAUUAGGCUAAUAUAAGCUAAGUUAGCCGGACGGUUGCUCCUCUUACUGCUCUGCCCGUGUAGCGGUUCCAAUCCGGGGACUGGCCUGUUCGUAUUCUCUGCAAACGCAAUAGUUUUUGCUGAAACCGGAGCUGUGGCGGGGAAAGGUGGCCUCAGCAACCCCCUGGCUAUCCAGGCGGACGGACCGCAGUGACACGCCGGUUGUUGAGACCUGAGAUUGGAGCCAUGGCUGAGCUGUCCACUUUGCCUCCUUCUCCACCUCCGCUGGGCGACCCCAGUGCCGCUCCAGCUUCCAGCUGCCCCGACUCUGUGAAUGAGCUGCCUCUGCCGAAGUCUUCCCUCUACAACGACAAAGCUUUGACUGGAAACUCAGCACUUUCAAGAAGUUCGACCUCGACUGCUCAACCUGAGACGGAGGAGCCAGCAGGGAAGAAACAGGAAACGGCGACCGGUGGCCAGUCUGUUACAGAGUCUGGUUUUUCCCAACCUGCAGCCCAGAUAAAAACCACGCAGGAACCGUUAUCUCCGGAUUUAAACCCCGGUCCCAAUCUGUACCCAAGCAUCCAUGUUUCCUCUAACUCAAACCCCAUCGUUGACGUCGCUCAGCCGCAAAUGAGUGCAGAUUUCAACCCUACAACAUCAUCGACUAACGAUGAGGAGAAACCUCAGCCGCCACAACAAGCACAAGAACCUCAAAAUGAGCCGCCGCCGUCCCCAAACCCGGAUCCAGUCGUUGAAGAACUGCCGACUACGUCCACCAGAGAGGCGCCGUCGAGCCCUACUGUGCCUGUGAUCCAAGAGCCAGCCGGCCCGCUAUUUAACCCCAAGCCAAAACCGGCCCCGGACACACUAAGCUACCUGGACUCGGCCAGCCUGAUGUCUGGAACGCUGGAGUCGCUGUCCGGAUUGGGAGAAGACGGGAGCUCUGUGGGCUCAGACUCUGAGAUCAACGGGCUCACCUUGAGACGCACCGAUAAGUACGGAUUCCUGGGUGGCAAUCAGUACAGCGACGGAGGUGAAAAGGACGUUCGAGUUGAAGUUGCGAGACAAAGGGAGAUGAAAUGGCUGGACAUGUUCUGCCACUGGGACAAGUGGGUCAAACAUCACUUCCAAAAGGUGAAGCUGCGCUGCAGGAAGGGAAUCCCGUCUUCCCUCAGAUCUAAAGCCUGGCAGCUGCUGUCCGACAGCCAAGAGCUGCUGGAGGCAAACCCUGGAAAAUUUGAGGAGCUGGAGAGAGAACCAGGUGAGGCUAAAUGGCUGGAUAUCAUCGAGAAAGAUCUUCACCGGCAGUUUCCUUUUCACGAGAUGUUUGCUGCGCGCGGCGGACACGGACAACAGGAUUUAUUCCGCAUCCUGAAGGCCUACACGGUGUACCGGCCUGAUGAGGGUUACUGCCAGGCCCAGGCUCCCGUGGCGGCAGUGCUGCUCAUGCACAUGCCUGCAGAGCAAGCUUUCUGGUGCCUGGUCCAGAUUUGUGAAAAGUAUCUCCCUGGCUACUACAGCGCCGGCCUGGAAGCGAUUCAGCUGGACGGCGAGAUUUUUUUCUCUCUCCUGCGGCGCACGUGUCCGAUGGCGUACCGCCACCUUAAGAAAUUCAAGAUUGAUCCGAUCCUCUACAUGACAGAGUGGUUCAUGUGCAUAUUCUCACGCACCUUACCGUGGUCCUCUGUGCUGCGUGUCUGGGACAUGUUUUUCUGUGAAGGAGUGAAGAUAGUAUUUCGCGUGGGCUUGGUGCUGCUGAAGCAGAUGCUGGGCUCUGUGGAUAAACUCCGGGAACUGCAGGGAAUGUACGAAACCAUGGAGCGGCUCAGGAACAUCUCACCCGACACCAUCCGGGAGGAGGUGCUGGUGCAGGAGAUCAUAAUGCUGCCGGUGACCGAGGCGCUCAUCGAGAAGGAGUGCAGCGUCCAGGUGAGGAAGUGGAAGGAGUCCAGAGGUGAGCUGACCCACAAACCGGGCCGCCGGCUCCAUGGCACCAGAGCCAUCUUUGAGUAUAAGCGCCGGGCGUCGUCCAUCAGCUCAGGCGGCAGUUUUUCCUUCCUGGGCAGCUCUGUGCCGCCGCCGGGGCCGCUGCGUGCCUCGUCCAGCCUCCUCUCCCUGCCCGGUUUCCGGAAAUCCAGGGCUCCCUUCUUCUCCCAGCCUAAAAAAAUCUCCUUCUCGGGUCCUUCUGGGGCGGAGAGUCAGUCGCCUGUUGCCUCAUCGUCGGGCCAGAAGCCGCCAAUUCCUCCGGGCGCUGCUCCGAAGGCGUCAACGCCACACGUCCAGAGCCCUUUAGUCGCGGAGAGCAGCUCAGCACAAAUCCAGCCGUCUCCGCCGAACACGCUGUCGCCAAGGAUCGUUUCAGAGCAGAUCACUCCCACAAUCCCAUCGCCGACAGCCAACAACGCGCCGCUGCAACCGCUGCCGCUGCCGCCGCCACAGCCGCAACCGCAACCACCAAAAGAAGCAACCCCAUCUGUGUCCGGAGAGGACGAAGGAAAGAAGAAGAAGAAAAGCAAAGAAGACAAGAAGAAGGAAAAGGAAGAUGAGAAGAAAAAGCUGAGGGAGAAGAAAGAGAAGGAGAAAGUUGAAAAGGAGAAAGCGAAGAAGGAAAAGGAGAAGAAGAAAGCAGGAAAGAAAAAGGACAAAGGGGCGGAGGAGAACGGAGCGACGGCCGCGGCGAAAGAUUCAGCCUAGUUUUUCCCACAAUAGUUUUAAAAACAAAAGAAGGGAAAAACGGACAGAAAAACCUGAUUAAUUUAAGAGGCGGUGACUUCCUGUGUCAUUUCUGAGACUUUAUAUAUUUGAGAGACUGAUGGAGAUGAAGAUGAUGAAGACUGGAUUAUGGUUUUAAUAGCACCUGGAGGGGCGGAUUACCUCUCAAUGCUUUUCUGCCCCCAACAACACAACUGGAGCACAGGCUGCACUGCAAAAACACAAAGUAUUACCAACGAUCCUUAGUCUAAACUUUAGUGCAAAUAUCUAAGUACAUUUGAAAUACAACAAAACUAGCUUACAAGUUACUUUUCAGCAAGAAAUAGGAGAAUUUUUUUUAUAUUAUUUCACUUAUAACAUUGAAAUAUUAGGCAGACACUAAGAAAAUAAUAACAAAAAUUAGCAUAAAGUCCUAAAAUGAUAACAGUCAUAAUGAUACAAGGAUAAAGUCACAAUAUUACCACUUUAGUCUCGUAUUAUUACAGCUUUAUUAUGUUAUUCCGACUUUAUGCUUGUAAAAUUAGGAAUUUAUUCUCGUAAUUCUACGAUUUUAUUUUCAUACAACUUUAUUCUCAUGUUAUGACUUUGUUCUUGUGUUAUUAUGACUUUGUUCUCGUGUUAUUAUGACUUUGUUCUUGUGUUAUUAUGACUUUGUUCUCGUGUUAUUAUGACUUUGUUCUCGUGUUAUUAUGACUUUGUUCUUGUGUUAUUACGACUUUGUUCUCGUGUUAUUAUGACUUUGUUCUUGUGUUAUUACGACUUAGUCCUCAUCUUUUUGUCCUGGUAAAACACUCCAAAGCCCCUUUAUCUUGGUGAAAAGUUAUUUUUAACUUAGUUUUGUCUCAUUUCAAGUGUACUGAGAUAUUUGGUCUAGAAACAAGACAAAAAAUACUUGGUAAGAUUUAGUGUGUUUGCAGUGCGUGAAUCUGAUUAAAUUUGUUUGUUUGUUUUUUGCUGAGAAACAUUUAUUUUAUCUUUUUUUUGUCUAUGUCAGUUCUUACAGAAACACGAGGAAGUCUUUAGAAGCGGUGCCAUAGUGUGUUAAAUUAAUUAAAAUUAAAAUCUAGCUGCAGCUCACAGGAUUAACACUCCGUACGUUGUGUUUCACUGGAUUACGGGGGAUAAAACAUCUCAAACGUAGGCACUGAAGACAAAAUUGCUUUUUAUGAUGUUGAGGAUGUAUUUAUUGUCUUUGUAAAUGUGUGUGAGUGUGUGUGUGCCUUAGUAGAUUAGUGAAAUGUGUUGUGGACUCCGACAGCUCGCUUUUUUUUCUUCUUUUUUUUUCAAUGUAAUUUCAAACUAGUGUUGAACUCUCGCUGUGGUUCUUCCCAAACCCGUUACUUUAUUUAUGUCGUCUGAUGGCGAACACCGAGCCGCUCCGAAACUUUCGUUUGCUUGUUUUUCAGGGGGAAUAAUGGAAACAGAGGUUUUAAAAAUCAAACUUAGGUGCACAAAUUUGAGAACUUGGUUAAAAUUAACUUAUGGGAAACACCUCUAAAAUUAAAUACUUUAUUUUCUUCUAAAUCUUCACAGAAGAUAUACAUUUUUUUUUAUGCCUUUUGGCAAAAUUACGCCUGAAUAUUUUCAUGUCAGAUCCAAAUUUAAUAAAAAAUGUUCUGAAACAGAAAUUACAAAUGACAAAGUAUUAUAAUAAAAGUGACUUUUAUUUCAGUCAUCCCUUCUGUGAGUAUUAAGGCCAGGCUACGAGAACUUUUGUUUUUUUACAUGAAUAAAGUCAUAACAUUCCCUGAAAAAGACACAUUUUUACCAGAAAAAUGUCUUAGAAUUACAAGAAAAAAGUUGUUUUAAUGAGGGAAAAAUCCUCUCCAGUUAUCAGGAUAUAACACAUUUUUUGUUGCUUUUCAUCGUAUAGAAGUAUGACUUUAUUCUCCUAAUUACGACUUUAUUCUGGUAAUACUAUAACUCUAUUCUCAUAUUAUUUUGACUAAUUUUAUACUUGUAAUUAAAAAAAAAGAAUCUUUAUCUGGCUCUAACUUUCUGUCAUAAAGUUGACCUGAAUUCAAAUAAAUAAAAGCUGUAAAAUACGCUUAUGAAACAAGAUGGCCGCCUUGGACCUGUUGACAUCACUCGUUGCUAUGGAAACACAAGUGGGUCGGUGGGGGAAAACCCAUCCAGAUUUUCCUAAACUUUCCAAAAUCUUGAAAAACUAAAAUUGAUUUAUUGAACCGACUCUAAUUUUAAGAAUAGUUUUAAUUUUAAAUCACUUUAAAAACUUGAUGCUAGCCUGAUUUAGUCACUUGAAAACCAGUUUUCAUUGUUUGUUCCAGCUGUUGUUUUAAGGUGAAAUAAAUAAAUUUGAAACUGGUUAUUAUUUUUUGUUAGUCUGUCCAUCAGUACCAUUGGUGGCCCACAGCGUAAUGCUUCCACCACUGUGCUUGACAGAUAAAGAAGUGCAAUAUUGACUCUUCCUAGCAUAAUGGUUAUCAUGACAGAAACGCUCAAUCUUUACUGAGUGGCGCUGAUGAUCCAGCAUAUUCAGUGUUGCUUUCGCAUCAUGAUCCAUUUAAACUGGAAACUCUGGGUGAAACUUUGGUUUUGCUGUCAGUUUAUGAUCCAGAAGCCUUUUUGAGAGAAUAAAGCCAGUUAAAUUGGCGUUUGUGGCGUAAAACCAAUCGGUUCAGUUGAGUUCUAUCAUUUAUGCCAAGAAGAAAUGUCAAAUAUUUCUCUGCAGCUCUUUGUAGUUUGGAGAACAUUUAGAAGAAGUUCAAAUUUGUGCACCUAAAUCUUGUUUUUAAGUUAAAAGAAUGAAUUCAUAAUAGGCCAAACUUCGGAGCAGCACUGCAAAACAGACUGAAGGAAAGAGGAAACAUUGUUAUGGUGUUUCCUGUCUGUGAGAAAUUCUAUUCAUAUUAAAAAAGGAAAAUGUUUUUUUGCACUUGUUGGGCAAAGAGAGAUACUAUUAAUUUCAAUCCAAAUGAACAAAUUGUACAUUUUAUCCAAUUAAAUUUCAAUAUUUCACAACUUGAGCUCAUUAACCAGUGAGACUGUGAUUUUAAAGUCUUAAACAAUGAAGGAUUUUGGUUUUUUUUCACUUGCACCAUUGAAGUUAUUCACUCAUCUGUUUGAAAUCACUUCCUUGAGGACCUACUGCAAGGUACCAGGGUGUGCCAAUGUAGCAUUAACGUCUAAUUCGGGUGUAUUUAUGUACAAAGGAGGUUAAUUUAAUCAAAUAUAGUAUAUUAUGAAUUAUUAUUUUCAUCUGAAUAUUUUUCUAAGAGGAAGAGACACCUGUUGGACUGGAACGAUGGACUUUUUGCACAUCCAACUUGAUGCAUUUCUUUUGCUUUUGAGUUUACUCAUUGUCUGUUUGGUUGAAUUAUUUUCAGUGACAUACAGUAUUAAAUGAAAAGAGUUAAAAAGAAAGAAGCGAGGACAAACUGAGUCGAUGGAUUCACGAGGAAAGCUCUUUGUACUGAGUGAAACGCCUAACGGUGGUUUAACAAGGACAAGAUCUUUGUGUGUUUUAAAUCUAACGCUCUAAUCUAUUUACACUCAGUGUUUCGUACUGUAAUCUUUAUGCAUAUGUUAAACGGCACUGAACCUGUUGAGAAUAACACGGCAAAUCAGGGCCAUUGUAGGUAGGAAAAAAAGAGUAAAUGUCCACUGAAAAAUUCAGAAAUUAUGAUCUUUAUCUCAGUAAUUUUCUUUGGAAAAAUAAAAGAGAACAUUUU